GAGGGACUCACAGAGACAGAACACACUCAUUAUAUGCGUGCAGUAUAUGUUACACAGGCAUUUACCUGUGCGACUAGCUGCAAUUAUUGUACGAUAGAGACUAUAUUAGACGAAGAUAUCGAUUGUAGAUGCACCUCCCUAUCCGAUUGUGCUUCGUCACAUUGUGGCGACGAAGAGAUAGAUUGGGAAGAAAUCUUUGACGCAAAUCUGCGUGUGACGCAUCUGCCAUACGUAGCUUAAACGAUACAGCUGCAAAUGUAGCACGGGCACUUGAAGUAAAUACAUACAAAAACAAUGAAUUCAGGGAGCUGAUUGACGAUUUACAUAGUUAUGAUGCUUUCUGUCCACCCAAUAAACCAUCAGACUACUUUGAGGGGAAUGAUGACAUGCAGUGUGAAUACGAUGCAUCUAUACAAAUAUUUGUCUGUUGCUACAUGUAGCGCUCUAGUGUACAGACAUAGAACUAAGUUCGCCGACAUCGCUGGACAGAUACUACAAACAGACCGAUCUAUACUUGAAAUACUUAUGCCAUAUGGCCAAUUUUUGUGUUUACAGCAAGCUAUCACACCAGAGUGUACAAGAAAUCCGUACUAUGGGAGUCUAAGGAAUGGGGCAAUACCAGCAAGUGUACUAUUAGCUAUGACCCUUCGGAUGUUGGCGGGGGGUCAAGUUCCUGACAUGUGUCUCAUAUUCAAAGUGUCGAGAGGUGGGUCAGCAAGCGAAUAUAUGGAACAUUCGAUAGUAACAGUGUUUUGUCAACACCGGCACGAAUUGACUCAGCACAUAUCUUCCAUUGUCGACUCACUUGGCCCAAGCUUCAAACGGGAAUUUACUGACCACUUCUUCCCAUCAAUCUUUCCUGAACCACUACAGCAGCUAUGAGAGCCAUGCCAUAUGUUCAUACAUUGUAUCAUACAUACUUGCCAUUUUUGAAAUAAAUAACAGUAUCGCUA